UAUCUCUAAAAAGACCCUUACACAAUGAACGGAUACAUUUUUCUCAAAAGUGUAAAUUACCGCCAUCUACCAAUUUUGUUAGAAAAUGUUCACAAGUAUUCUGAACACGCCAUUUCAACACAACACGUACACAUGUAAAUUCUAUUCACUAGCUUCAUUAGUGAGAGGUCGUGUAUCGAAAAUGGUUUCUGCAAUUUAAAGUGUACAUUUAUAUUUUUUAGAAUUUUGUGUUCUUGUAUAAACAAAUAAUUUUAAAAAAUGGGGUAUUUUGAAUAAAUGACAAAGAUGUGUAAUAUAAGAAAUAAAGAAUAAGAUCGUACUGUUAAAUUUGUAGAAGUUGGUCAAUGAAAAUAUCAAAACACAAUCCAUUUGUGUUGAUAUUAAUAAAUAAAUAAAAAGGCUCAUAAUGAUUAUAUUUUUGUUUUUGUUUCGAUAAUGUUUUGAAUAAGAUACAAGGUUAUUUGCUUACAAGUUACUUGCAGUCGCCAUUUCAUUGUGAUACAAAAUAUACUUGAUUUUUCCGCAAAAGUUUUACACUUUGUCAAUUUUAAAUCUUAUACAUUAUAUCUAGAUGUCUACGUAUAUGUAUAACACACCAGAGUCAAAAAAUUAUGUAACUAAUCCAUAAUAAUCUCCAGGCAUGAUAAAAUAAAAGAAUAGAAUAAAGGAGAUGAGCCAUAAUAUUGCAGGCAUGCCACCUUUUGCUAGGAUGCCACUCAGUGGUAUGGGAAUGGGAGUAGGUAUGGGACCUAAUGGUCCACAUCCUGAAUCCAAUGCUCAUCCUCAUCCUCCACCACCACCACCGACUGGUGCCAAUCCUAAAAAGAAACGAAGAACUAAUGCUAAUGUAGCCCCACCAGCUCCUCAACCUGCUCCAUCUGCACAGGAUUUAUUACCUCCACCUUUAUCUGGUUAUGGUGACACAAUAGUGGCAAGUAAUCCUUUCGACGAUGCGCCACCUCAAAGUGCACAAAGUGCAAUGAUCCAUGGUGGACCACCGCACAUACACGGUGGGCAUCCACACCAUCCUCAUCAUAUGACUGGUCCUUCUAUGAGAGGUAUGAGCCCACUUACGUCGAUGAGUGGUAUAAAUCCAAUGAUUCCUCAUAAUAUGGGAAACAUGAGUCCAAUGGGCAAUUCACCUAUGAAUAAUCAUAUAAAUCAUAUGGGAGGAAUGUCACCAAUGAAUCAUCCACCAAUGGGAGGUAUGAGUCCAAUGAACAAUAUGGGAUCCAAUAUACCGUCGGGACCGAUAAACACAAUGAAUAAUCAUAUGAAUAUGAGUCACAUGAAUAAUUCUCAAAUGAGUGGGCCACCAAUGGGAAGCCCCAUGAACAGUAUAAAUAGUGGUCCAAUGGGAAGUCCAAUGAAUAAUAUGGGUCACAAUAUGGGAAGUCCUAUGGGUGGGCCUUUAGGAUCACCAAUGAACAGUAUUGGAGGCAAUAACCACAAUCAUUUACCGAAUGGACCAAUAAAUAUAAAUAAUAUGACCAGUCAUAUGCCGCCUAAUAGUCCACUUAAUGGGCCCCCAAUAAAUAAUGUAAACAGUCCAUUAAGCCAUAAUGGUUCGCAACCACAUUCGAACCAUAUGGGAAGUAAUCUCAAUAAUUUAGGAAGACCUAUUAAUGGGCCCAUGACCACUAUGAGCUCUAUGAUGCCUAACAAUAUAAAUAUGUCAGGGCCAACUACAUUAAACAAUAUGAAUAUAACUGGCCCUCAAAUGAAUAAUAUGUCAAAUAUGAAUGUUUCUCAUUCUAAUCAAAUGACACAUAUAUCCGGCCCUAUGGGUUCUAUGUCAAAUAAUAUGGGUAGUGGACCGCCUAUGGGUCAUCCUAUGAAUAUUCCACCACAUGGAUUCCAAGGGCCUCCUGGUAUGGGAUCCAAACCGAUGCCAGUUUCAGCAGGAAAGAUUUAUCCUCCAGACCAACCAAUGGUUUUUAAUUCACAAAAUCCGAAUGCUCCACCAAUUUAUCCUUGUGGGAUUUGUCAUAAAGAAGUUCAUGAUAAUGAUCAAGGCAUAUUGUGUGAGUCAGGUUGCAAUUUUUGGUUUCACAGAGGAUGCUCAGGAUUAUCGGAGGCUGCUUUCCAGUUAUUGACUCAAGAAGUUUAUGCAGAGUGGGUGUGUGAUAAAUGUUUACAAUCUAAAAAUAUACCGUUAGUGAAAUUUAAACCAUAACAUCCCUUAGUUUAUUAUUGCAAUAAUUCACAAUUAACACUGUUGAAGUUUACAUAAUUUUAAAUAAUAAUUUCCAGUACCCACCCUGGUGGAUCCGAAUUACGAUAAUUACCGUAAUUUACGGUAUUCGAAAGCAUUACGGUAAAGUUGCGGUUAUUUCGCCGUAAAUUUGCGGCAAUACUGUGGUAUUUUGCCGCAAAGCUGCGGUAACAUCGCGGUAUUUCACCGUAAACGUGCAGAGUUACUGCAAAAUUACGUAAAGUGAAGUAUAUCACUUUGUUACGGUAACAAUGACACGGAUUUCGGUAAAUUGCCGUCAUUUGUCAUAUUCUACCGUUAAUUACCGCAAAUUUGCAGUAAAAUAGGUAUUUUACCGUAAUUCGGAUCCGCUAGGGCGGACACACUCACGAGUGAAUUUAUGUACUUAUGUACAUGAUUAUAAUUCACAAUGUUAAUGAAAUUUUAGCUUGAAGUUGUUGAAAAUUUAGAUUACGUUUGGAAUUUAUAUAAAUAAAAUUUUAUAUCUCAAUAUGGCUCAAAAAUUGACAAUAUUAUUUUUCUCAGGCAAAAUGACUUUGAUUUCAGUAAUUAAAUAUUGUAUUAAUCGUUUAUACCUACUAUACAGAUCUGAUAAAUUAGUUAUUGUGUUAUUGUUAUUUCUCUCGUAUUCAAAAUUAUAAGCUAAUUAAUAUUAACUUUGACAAAAAUGUAAAAAGAAAUCUUGGAUAAAUUUUUAGAAUAUAUUAAUAAGUAUUAAAUAAUAUCAGUACUUUAUCGCAUUUAGAAUAUAUAUAACAACGGUAUAUUGUAUAAAAUUAUCAAUUUUUUAAAUUAGGUUGAUUGUACAAAUUAAAAACUUAAAAAAUACUUCUUAACACAUAAUUAAUCUUAUUUUAUAAUUUCUUGUAUUUAACUUACAAAAUUUUUUUCAUAUAUAUAAUUGAGUAAUCACUGGCCUCGUAUGUCUAUGUCCAUCAUUUAUUAUUAUUUAUUUAUACAUAAAUAUUUUUCCAAAAUCAAAAAUUAAAAUUAAAUUUUUUUAUGAAGUUACUUAGAAUCUAUCGCAAUCCAUUACGUCCUAAUUCAGUUAACUUUGAACCAAGAAAAUUAUCGUUAAAAAAAUAUUUUAACAUUUUCACUAUAAACUAAAGUAUUUUCAAAGCUUCAAAUCUGGUUUAAAUUCUGUGGCGGCUGAAUAAAAAAAUAAAUUUUCACGUAUUGUAUACUAAACUUUGCCCAAAUUAUAAUUAUUACUCUAGUAUUAAUUGAUAAUCUUUUUCGAAAACAGAAUUUUUCGUAUAAUAUAAUGCUCAUAUUAGUAUUACAACGAAUAUAUUAUCGUUAAAUUCAUUUUUAUAUUAUUUGUUUCGCGUGAAUUGGGGUACAAUUACCAUCUGUAGUGAAAAAUUAAUUAUGUCAUUGCGUCUUUUAAAAACGAUUUUAUUUAAAUUUUUCAAGUAUUCAAAACUGGCCCUAAAGUGCCAUAAUUAAGAAAUAUUAUUUGAAAUAAUUCAAAACAAUUUGAAAAAAAAGUUUAAAACAAUUUGAAUCGACUUAAAUAUAGAUAUACACUUAUCAUGGAUUAAAUCCCUUUUUAUAUUCAGGGCGACCAAAAACAGUACCUCUACCAUCUACAAAGUAUGUUAGUCACAAGAAGUGUAUUAAUAUCAAUAUUAUCAAUAGAUAAAAGAAACUUGGCUGUAGGAGAUUGAAUAAGGAUAAAAUAUUUGUAAUUAAAAUAUAGUAUGCUAUUGGAAAUUGAACAAAUUUCAUGUCUAAAAUUUUGUAUGAUUUGUAUAAAAAAAAUUGAUCAUAACAAUAAUAAUAGAAAAGUCAUUUUAUGACAAAAUUAA